CUCUUGAGUUUCUCCACUGUCAACUACAUUUCCUCUGCAUCGGAAUGGCAAAAAGGAGAACGUGUUCCAACUAGGUGCGAUUGUCAGUGUAGAAAGUUGAUCGUAUAUUUAAUGUCUGGUGUUAUUAUUUCACAGGGGAAAAAUGUACUAGUAUUUGCUUCCCUGGGCGAGUGGAUAAGUGGUGAGUAACCUACAAGGUCAGAUGGACAUUGGAGUAGGGAAAUCAACGCUCCCGCUCUAAAGAAAGUGAUACAUUAGAAGUAUGUCAUUAUCGCAACAUUUGAGAAUUGAUGUUUGAAGUUAACACGUUACAGUGUUUGCCCUGCGAAGUUAGCCGCCACUCGGUGUACAAUGUAGCGACAUUUGUGUGUUACUUGCAUGAAUGUAACAUGAUAUUUCGUUCGAUAUGACUAAUGUGACGCCGAGUAAAAGCGUGGAAUGGCUGCAGGUAGAGUUGGAAUCCGGGGGAAGUUCGCUGCUUCUGUUGGACUGCCGAUCGCACGAACUUUAUGAAUCAUCCCACAUAGAAACGGCCAUCAAUUUGGCCAUACCAGGCUUGAUGCUGCGAAGGUUCAAGAAAGGCAACAUACCCAUCCGAACUAUCAUCCCCAACCACGAAGACAAGGAGAAAUUCGUUAGACGUUGUAAUACGGAUACAGUGAUUCUGUACGAUGAGUGCACUGUGGACUGGCAGGAUGGGGCCACUGGUUCGGUUCUGGGACUACUUCUUCAGAAACUAUGGGACGACGGCUGUAAAGCAUAUUACCUGGAAGGUGGAUUUGUGAAGUUUCAGACCGAGUACUCUGAGCACUGUGAGACCCUUCUGGACAGCUGCUGUCCCAGCUCUUCUCCACCACUGUCCGUCCUAGGCUUUGGAAGUCUCCGGAUCAGUUCCGACCUCUCCGAUGGUGAGUCGGACCGCGAGCCGAGCAGUGCGACCGAGUCUGAGGAGAGCCCCCUUCCCAACAACCAACCUGCCUUCCCAGUCCAGAUCCUCCCCUACCUUUACCUGGGCUGUGCCAAAGACUCCACCAACCUGGAUGUGCUGGGCCAGUACAACAUCAAGUACAUCCUGAACGUCACGCCCAACCUCCCCAACAUGUUUGAACAUGACGGCCUCUUCAAGUACAAGCAGAUCCCCAUCUCCGACCACUGGAGUCAGAACCUGUCCCAGUUCUUUCCAGAGGCCAUAUCCUUCAUCGAUGAGGCUCGGUCCAAGCAGUGUGGCGUCCUCGUACACUGUCUGGCUGGCAUCAGCCGCUCCGUUACCGUGACCGUGGCCUACCUGAUGCAGAGGCUCAACCUGUCACUCAAUGACGCCUACGACUUUGUCAAGAGGAAGAAGUCCAACAUCUCCCCCAACUUCAACUUCAUGGGCCAGCUGCUGGACUUUGAGAGGACACUGGGGCUGCACAGCCCAUGUGACAACCGCUCCUCGUCCAAUGAGCAGCUCUACUUCACCACUCCGACCAAUCACAAUGUGUUCCAGCUGGACACGCUGGAGUCGACGUGAGGAAACGGAGAAGACGGGUUUGGUGGCCAUGUUGUUUCAUCAGUGUCGCCGGGGUAUUUUGUAGCCUGUCAAUGGAAAAGAAAAUGCACCUGGCACUCCAGCUUGAGAAGACUCACCUGACAAGCAAGUGAUUUCAGUAUGGAUUUUCAUAGAACAUGGUGCCCGCCAUUAUGCUUAAAACAGUACAUGCUCUGUCUGAUGCCUUAAGGGAUACUUCAGGAUUUUGGCAACAAGGCCCUUUAUCUACUUCCCCCAGAGUCAGAUGAACGUGCGGAUACCAUGUUUAUGUCUCUGUGUCAAGUAUGAGGGAAGUUAGAGGAAGUUUUGUGAACCAAUGCUAACCAUAGACUUUCAGUAAUUGCGCUAACGUUAGUUAGCAACUUCCUUCAAACUGUACGCAGAGACAUACAAAUGGUAUGGACGAGUUCAUCUGACUCUGGGGAAGUCUCAAAAUUCAGAAGCAUCCCUUUUAAUGUUUUACUCAAGUAAUCCAACAGGCUUAGUGUGUAUAAUAGUGAAUGGUGGUAUGCAAUGGUUAUUGCAAGAAAUGUAAUUAUUAUGAGGUAACUUGAUUGGGGGGGGAGGGGACUGUUAUUUCAUAUUCACCCGCUGGAAAGUGGAUGUGUCAAGUUGUUUUCAGAACAACUGUGGCUAAUGCCUUGUUCUGAAGGGAGAGGUUGGCCAAGCAGAAUGUGAAUCAUUGUUUUCUGGGACCAAAUGGAGAUAUUUUGAAUGGUACUCUUGCUGAGGGGCCUGGGCUACUUUAAGUUGGCCUUGAAUGACUUUGUAACAUUCCUAUUGAUGACUGUUCUAGAUGUCGUCAUUUGCAGUUAACAUCAGAAGGGAGUGAUCAUUGAAAGCACUUGUCCGCCAAUGUUAUGUUCUCUACUUUGCUGUCAUCUUCAAAGUAAACAUUUAGGGUUUUUUUCUAUUCCAUAAUGUAAGAACGCCGUUACAUUAUGUUAGUUUUUCCUUUGUUGAAUGGAGAGGGUCACCCUCUUGCAAAAAAAUAUUAAAGAUGAAACACAUUAGUUUUUUUUUUUUUUGCAAGGCUCUUGUAAAUUGUGGUAAUUAUAAUAACUUUGCAUGUAAUCAAGUUUAACUUCUGUAUACUGUGGCCUUUCCGAUACCGUCUAAGUUAACACUUAACUCUCUUUAACCAAGGAACUGGGUAUGGUAUUGGAUUGUCAUUUGCCAUGCUUGACAUGAAUGACUUGCAUAUCGAAGUUAUGAUCCAUAAUGGACAUUUUUUACCUUGUUUAUUAAGUCAUGUAACAGUCACGUAUAGACACAAUCUUCAGCCUGCAGCUACUCUUCCUGUGGCGGAACCAUGUUAAAGGAAACACGGUGUGUUUUGUAUUUGCCAGUAAUCGAAGUUGAAUGUUUCAGCGAAUGAGAGGGAACGAAAGGAAACGCGUGAUAAUGAUGCCAUUUUUUUUUUCUUACCUCACGGAGAGACAUUUUCAGGGAUUUUUUUAUACAGCACAUCUGUAUCUUGUUACGGCAUCUGAAACGCAUCAGAGGGCUGUGUUUUAUUUGGUAUGGGUUUGUAAAAGAUGUACAUAAGAUUCGCUUGGUAACGGGUGACCUUUUCUCUGAAUCAUGAAGGAUGUGAAAUUGACUGAUUACAGUAUGUACAGUGUAUGUAAAACUAAAUGUACAAGACAUUUAUGUACAAGUUUAUACAACAAAUAUAUUGUGUAUAUUUUUUACUUUCAAA